UGCGCCCUGUGUGCAUGUGAACGCGAGUCCACACAUCCUGAUCACCUCGCUGGUGUAAAUACGUGUCCAUGUGAAAAGUGUAACCUGUUUAGAUCAACAGAAGAGGUUGUGAGCCAUGGCUCUGCGCAUGUGCGAGUCGCUUUUGUGCAGGACUUUGUGCUUUUCCAGUCGGGCAGCGUAUGUGGAAACUGCGUCUCUGCGUCUGAGGACAGCUCAUCGUGGCCGCGCGGUGAGAAGCGCAGCAUUCCGCUUUGCUCCCGCCUGUUUCGUCUCCACAGACGUUUUUCUGGACAGACUGCUAAAAGAUCGUACCCUCAGCUUUACGGAGAAUCCUGCAGCCUCCCCGACUCACGCCGCUGUUCCCCUGGAUAGAGUUGAGCACUUUUCGCUUAUGCUAAAAGAUCCAGAUCAACCUGAAAAUCCCAAGGUUUUAAGAGUGGCUAUAAUUGGAGCUCCAAAUGCAGGGAAGUCAACACUGACUAACCAUCUCCUGGGCAAGAAGCUGUUUGCAACCUCCCAAAAAGUGCAUACAACAAGAUCUCGUGCACUCGGGGUGAUCACAGAGGACAAUACUCAAAUUAUUCUGCUGGAUACACCUGGUCUCACAACUCCAUCGAAAGCUAAGAGACAUCAGCUGGAGAAAACGUUCCUUGUGGAUCCACUCAAAUCAUUACAACAGGCUGAUCUAGUGGUGGUGUUGGUGGACGUCUCAGACAAGUGGACCCGUGGUAGACUGGACUUUGAGGUGCUGAAGUGUCUGGCACUGAAUGCACAUAUUCCUGCUGUCCUCGUCCUCAAUAAGGUGGACCUCCUAAAGAGCAAACCCUUGCUCCUGGACAUUACCGAACAACUGACCGAGGGCAUCGUGAACGGCAAAAAGCUGAGAGUGCGCAGCUUAGUGAAGCCGCUCCGGACGGAAACACGGGAGAAACAUAUGGAAAAGACUCCAGCUGUGCAAAAUUCAGAAGAACGAAUUCCAGACCAAGACCAAGACGAUCAGCACGGGCGAGACGCGAUCAGAGAGCAGCUGAGGGCCCUGAAAAGCCGUAAGGGAUGGCCGCACUUUAAGGACGUGUUUAUGAUGUGUGCUACAGAUGGCGAGGAUGUGCAGACGUUAAAGAGCUAUCUGAUGCUGGAGGCGAAGCCAGGUGCGUGGAAGUACCACAGUGCGGUCCUCACGGAUCAGAGCCCUGAGGACAUCUGUACCAACACCAUCCGAGAGAAACUACUGGAGUAUCUUCCACAGGAGGUGCCUUACACGUUGACUCAGCAUAUUGAACUCUGGAGGGAAACAGCUGACGGCAAUUUGGACAUAUCUGUCAAGCUGCAUGUGAAGAAGGACAGCCAUAUGAAAAUGGUGAUCGGUCCCGGGGGACAGCUGAUAGCUCGGAUCGCCCGGGAAGCAGGUCUGGACCUCACCAACGCUUUCAUGUGCGAGGUUCGCCUGAAAAUAUCCGCCACGCUGAAGAACUGAAGCCGAUCCAGCUCUGAUGUGCUGAAAUUUCGUGUUUUCAUGUAUUUGAUCUGAGCUCUGCAGAAACUCCAGAGUGGAGUCCAGACUUGAACAACGAUGACCGUUUGAGGCUACAGUUUGUCUCGUGGACAACAUGUGUACUGUCUUAUCUCUCACACAGCUCUGUGUCUAACAGUCACAUUUGGGACAGAGCCUGCUUUCUGAGCUCGAGCUGCUGUUGCAGUGUCCUAGGACUUUUAGCCCCCGAGUCUAUUUAUUAUUAGUAAGGUCUUUAUUCAGAAUCUCAUUUUAGCAGCGGGAUACAUCAUGAAUAAAUCAGCAUUGUUCCAGAACGACUGAAAAUGUGUCCCGGUCGGAAUAGCUGAUGAGGUUCAAGCAGAGUUGAGAUACUUUAAGGGGAGGUUUUGGCUCUAAUGGUCUUGAUUUCUUAUCCAAGUUGCCCAGACCUGGUGUUGACCCCAGAUUCUACUUAAGAAACCCGUCUUUCAAUCAUCAUGGUCGUUAUUUUGUCCAUAUUGUUGAUUGUAACUGACUUUGUUGGUUAUAUAAUAAAACUGUAAAAGGGGAUGGUCGAUAUGGCUUAAUAUAUCAUAUCGUAACAACUGUUUGUUUUUGUUAUUAAAAAUUAUUUUGGCGCUCUAAAUAGCAAAAUA